UUAGUGGUUUAUUAAAAUUAAGAAGUUAUAUCUAGUGCUAUAUUCUGAGUUUUGGUUAUGUUCCAUGCAGUUUAAAAUGCUACUUUCAAAAGUAACUACCCACUGAACCUGAUUUUUUUACCUUCAUUAUCAUAAUAGUUGCAACCACAGUUGGAACACUAGUAGCAUAUCUACUUGUUCCAAUGCGAUCACUUGGUCAGGAUAGUUGGAAGAUAGCAGCUGCUCUCAUGGGCAGACAUAUUGGUGGAGCUGUCAACUAUGUUGCCAUAUCUGAUGCCCUUGGUGUUUCACCAUCAGUUUUAUCUGCCCCCUUAGCUGCAGAUAAUGUUAUUAACGUUUUGUAUUUUUCUACCCUGUUUGCAUUGGCAUCUAAAGUACCUCCAGAGGCCUCCGCAUCUGUAAAUGAUGAUGGGAUGAGUACCAUGUCGGGGUCUGGUGACAAACUUCCAAUGCUGCAAAUGGCUACUUCUCUUGCUGUGUCCUUUGCCAUCUGCAAAGCUUCCACCUUUCUUACAAGGUAUUUUAGAAUCCAAGGGGGUGUUCUGCCAGUGGCAACAGCAAUUGCUGUAACAUUUGCAACUGUGUUCCCCAAACUAUUUGCAUCUCUUGCACCCUCUGGUCAGGCUAUGGCCAUCAUUCUCAUACAGGUAUUCUUUGCGGUGAUAGGUGCAACUGGUAACAUAUGGAAUGUCAUGAACACAGCACCUAGUAUUUUUCUAUUUUCGUUUGUUCAGUUGGUAAUCCAUCUUGCUGUGAUCCUUGGACUGGGAAGACUUUUUCGGCUGGACUUGAAGUUGUUGCUUAUAGCCUCAAAUGCCAAUGUUGGAGGCCCAACAACAGCAAGUGGAAUGGCCACAGCAAAAGGGUGGCACUCUCUAAUUGUGCCUGGUAUUCUUGCUGGCAUAUUUGGAAGUGCCAUUGCAACUUUUCUCGGCAUUGGAUUUGGUCUCACAGUUUUAAAACACAUGUAAAUCUCCCAUGUUCAUUAUAUGGUAACAAUCUGUGAACUCUAAUUUCUCCUCUAAUUUUAUUAAAAUAUGCAAACAAA